GUCGCCAUCUUUAGCAACGUCAAUGCCGUUCUUGUGCUUUUUGUUUCUUCAAAGAACUUUUUCUAUCUUUUCAUUUUGUUCCAUGUUCCCGACGGUUUGUCAAUAUCAAAACCUAAACGGAAACAAACAUUGUCAUUAGCAAAAAUGUCAAAGUGAAAAUGUUUUCCAACAAGAAGAUGAUGAAUCUCUUCCUAUGAAACUUUUUCAAAGAACACCCUCUUCUCAUCAGGUAACCAACUUCCAUUUCCAUAGGUCUUCCAUUCCUACACUUCCGGAUGAGGUACUGGAAAUCUGGACAAAGAAGGUCCAAGGGUUGAUUGAAUCAGCCCUAGCAUCUCAACAUGCCUCCUUUAGGCAAGAGAUAGAGCAGAUGGAAGCCAGGUACAACCAGCUGAUUGAGAAAUCUGAAGAGAAACACAGCUCAGAACUCAAGGAAAUAAACAAAUCAGUGGAUAAAACUCUAGAGAUCAUCUCUCUAUUAAGUAACUCUGUGAGCAACACGAUGGAGACAUAUGCAUCUGAUAGUUAUCUUCAACUCAAAGAAGUCAAUAAAAUCAGAGAGCAAAUAGAAAAUGUCACAGUUAGUCUACAGAAGCAGAUGUCUCUUCUCCAAAUAGACAUCAGAUCAGCCCUGGCAGUGUCUUCAGCAAAUCAGGUAGUAACCAAAGACUACUUGAAGGUAAUCAUUGACAAUCAAAAGGAAGCAUUCAAACUGUUCAGACUUCUUAACACAAAUUCUGGAAAUCGCAAGAUGGAAGUGAUUCUUCAACAACACAGUCCAUCCUUGAUUCCAGAGCUCCCUAUUGCAGUCAAAGAAGGAGAAGUCUCUUAUAUUCCUUCGCACCUGAACAUGACUGACCUAAUCCUUGACGCUCAGAGAAGUAAUCCGAAGAACUCAACACAGCAUCUAUCCAGCUCAGGAUUGGAUGGAACAGAGGCUGUAGGAAUAAUUGCUGCUCACUUCUCAAAUGAUAACCAAACAGAGGAGAGACGCAACAACAUUAGGCGCAUCAAAGAACUAUGUGGAAACAUGCAAGGCAUCAGUAAGAUUGCCGGAUCUUCAAAGCGCAAGAAGCACUGAAGGCUUUUUUCAUCAAACCAGGGGGAAAGUAUGUGAAAACACUAAUUUGCUUUGAUGAAAACACCUUCUUGUUUAAACAUUGCUUGAUUGGUUUAAACAUUGCUUCAACAUUUCUCUAAAUUGUGCUUAUUAUGCUUGAUUAUUCUUAUUUCAAGUAUGAUUUUGAGAUUUAUUCCUAGCGCAUACAUUCAGGGGGAAUGUAAUUCAGGGGGAACUUAACUGUUUUUUGGCUAACAAUUGUUUUUGGCAAUGAAUUAUUGAUGAACUC